AUGACGAAGAGAGGCAUGCGUCCUCGCGGUCUCGCUUUGACACGGGAGCCAGUCCCUGUCGCACUGCACCAACCAGAGGGCUGGGCUCUGGUGAAGCCCAGGCUUGUCCCCAAGACUCCAACGCUCGGGUUUGGCGUUAGCGGCGCGGCCAAAAUUGCUCUCCAGGUCAUGCCACGGUUGCCGUCCGUGCCUAGCGGUCGCCUCCAAAAAUUCCAGCUCGUCCGUGCAGCCGUCCCAUCCAUGGAUGGCCUGAAGCAGAGUGGGCCAGGAUCGAGCGGCAUCGAACAUGCAUCUUCCCGCACCACCAGCCUUCCUGUCCGCAGGCUAACGCAGGCUCCGAGCGAAUCAACAGCAUGGCGCUUGGCCACAUUCGCGGCCGACUGCAGCUGCCUCGUACCAGCAGUCGUACCGGUGCCCUCCGGCGUUGCUCGCGCGCAGUGCAGCAGCAGAUCAGACGCAUGCGUCGUCUCACUGUGUCCGUGCGGCCUAAAAGAGGUUGGUGCGUCUCAGCGUCAGAGCCAAAGCACUUCGCCUCAGCGCUCAGAGGUGGGUUUUCGGCAAUACCACGACACACAACUCGUCGACAUGCACGGGCCUCCCACAGUCUUCGCAAGCCCGUACGCGGCAGCUUGA